AUCUUUUUCUGUUUAAAACAGUUUAUAUUCUCAAAUUUGUUCAAAUUUACAGUAAAAAUAACGUAUUGUUUUUCUUUGCAGAAAUCUCCGAUUUGACUCCUCUGCUGUAAAGAUGGUUUUCAGUGGACAGAUGAGGAUGAUCCCGAACUGAACCAAUCAGAACCAUCGUCUGAACAUGGCGGACGACCUCUACAGCAGCACCUUCUCAGCCUCUGAAUCAGACUUCCCCUCCUCCUCUUCCUCUUCCUCCGCCUCCUUCCUCACGCUCGAGCAAAGGGCGGCUUUCGUCUUCGUCCUCAUCCUCUUCAUUUUCCUCGGCCUACUGAUCGUCCGCUGCUUCCGGAUCCUUUUGGACCCGUACCGCAGCAUGCCGUCGUCUACCUGGACGGACUACAUGGAGAAGGACACGUUUGAUUACCGGAUUUCCUGACAGGCAGCCUGAGAGGCAGCAACCCUGACAACUCAACGCGUAAACUGAGGCAACGAUCACAUUGACCAAUCAUGGCACCAACACUAAUGCACAUUUUCUUAAUUCUGUUUGUUCUACAAAUCAACCAGAGCAGAAUUUAAUUAACUAUCAGUAAAAGAAAUCACAAUCACCUGAAUAAGCUUUGGGUAAAAAAAAUUAAAAAUCACUCUGCAAAAACAAAAAAUCCUAUCAAGUAAUUUUGGUCUAAUAAGACAAAUCUAACUUGACAGUAAGUUUUUCAAGAUAUAGAAGCUUGUUUUAAGUAAAUAAUGUAAGUUAAAUAAUCUGUCAAUGGAACAAUAUUGACAUAGAAAGUUCCACUGGCAAAUUUCAC